UGAGGUUGUAUCGAAAUCUACGGUCAGUCGUUUCUUUCAACCUCCUGGCUCCUAGUCCCGAGUCCGGAACGAGCCCUUGAACCCCAUGAGGUUAAGGAUUUCUUUCCGCUGAGGUGAUCCUAAUUUCUCCUUCCCCGUCCACGGGCCACGCCCCCCCACCCCCAUGCCCUCUCUUUCCCCUUUGAUUCCAUUUGCCUCUUCAUGCCGUCCAGCUCCUCACUGUGCCGCGCCGCUGCCGCCCGUCACUGUUGCUUCAUGGAAACUUGGUGCCGUGUUCAAUUAUGCAUUUAUCUGUUUGCUGGAAUUUCAUUGAUGCUAUUUCUCUGCACUGGCUCUUGCGUGCAUAGUUCUUCACUUUCAAGUGAGGCACAAAGUUGCAAUCAGGAUUUUAGUUCCAACAACUCAACCACGAGCUCUUUUUGUAGUUGCAAGAGGUUUAUAAUGGAAUCUUAUCAUGGGGAGUAUGGAAGCUUGCUCGAUUCAGAUUUCCAAGAUUUCAUAGCACGAGGGCUUCCCUCCGGGUUAUGUGGAAUGCUGCCAGAUGAUUUGCCUAGAUUGUCAGUUCUACAGCAGAAUCUGAUUGGGGAAGGUUCCCAUCGUCUUCUAUCCUCAUCCAUUAGAUUAAACAUUGAACCAAAAUCCUUAACUAAGCUACCAACUCACUCCUGUGAGGUCAUACUUAUUGAAAGACUACCAAUUGGAGUUUUUGCUGACCCAUUUGAGCUACAACAUCUGCUUCAACGUGGUGUAUUUAACAAUAUAGCUGUUUUUGGAGAUACAAAUUUGGAAUUGCCUUCAUUUUUGUCCAACCAUUCUGUUGUUGAGGUUCACAUGGAUGUUGGUCCCAAUCUCUUGAUAAGUCAUAAGAAUGGACCUUACAUCAACAUAGCACUUCCACUACAUGCAAGGUAUCCGCCCCUAGAUGCAAGUGGCUACUCAAGAGUCAAAUUCGGUGCACCUGAUGUGUUUAUGUGCUGCAGCAUAGAGGGAAACUCACCUAACCAAAGUUGUUUAUUUUCUCCAACCGGUGAUGGUGCUGAACUAGGAAGUGGUGAGAUUGUGUGGAGAAUACCUGCCGGAAGGAAGACACAUGCUGAAGUUGUAUCCAUCGUUACUUUUAUCUCAGCCAUAGUAUCAACUCUUUUCAUUGUUUUGGCAUCCAUAUUCUAUUCAAAAGCCAUUCCGUACAAAACAUUGAAACAAUCUUAAUUUUUGUUGUGGUCUAACAAUUUAGCAUGUAACUUUUGUUCAAAUCUUGUCUUAAUCUACUCUCUAUGUUUUCUGCUGUUAAUUACUAUGUGAAGCAAGAAUGAAAGGUUCUGCAA